UUGCUCGCUCUGUGUGCAGACCUAAGCUGUAGCUUUUCUGCUGCUUAGUCCAUAAAGUAAGUUCUUCAGUGAAAUGCUCGUCACGUAUGCGUCCGUGCAGUUCAAGGAGUUUGUACAUAUGAGUGAUUUUACUCAGGCUACUGAUUUCUAAUGCUUUUGAUUGGGAGAAUGUAGUGGUCAUACAUGUCUGACCAUCAAAGAAUGCCAAAGUCCUCUCUAGCUACUGGAUGGAUGAUGUGCUCUUUCUUUAGGGCUUUGCUUUCUGCUUCAUUGCAGCUGGCCCGGAUUCAGACUGACAGCAUAGUCGAGAUGCUCCGUGAGCUGUACCCCGAGCUCCACUUUGAGAUUGUUGCCAUGUCAACGACCGGAGACAAGAUCCUGGAUACAGCACUUUCCAAGAUCGGUGAGAAGAGUCUCUUCACCAAAGAGCUGGAAAAUGCACUUGAAAGAAAUGACGCUGCAGGGAGGACAUCGCCUUCAUUUUACAGAGUUGACCUCGUGGUUCACUCCUUGAAGGACCUGCCAACUUCUCUUCCUCCUGGCUUUACCAUUGGUGCUGUCUGCAAAAGGGAAAACCCACUUGAUGCCGUUGUCUUUCAUCCCAAAAACUCUGGGAAAACACUGAGCCUCCUUCCUGAAAAGAGUGUGAUUGGAACCAGUUCACUUCGCAGAGCAGCUCAGCUCAAAAAGAAGUUCCCUCAGUUAGAAUUCAGGGAUAUUAGAGGGAAUUUAAAUACCCGCUUAAGGAAGCUAGAUGAGAAGGAAGACUUCAGUGCCAUCAUCCUGGCUGCUGCUGGGCUGAAGAGAAUGGGCUGGGAGAAUCGCAUCGGUCAGCUCCUAAACCCUGAAGAUUGUCUGUAUGCUGUUGGACAGGGCGCCUUAGCGGUGGAAGUUCGUGCCAAAGACCAAGAGAUCCUGGAUAUGGUGUCUGUCCUGCACGAUGCAGACACCGUGUUAUGCUGCAUUGCUGAGAGAGCCUUUAUGAAACGUUUGGAGGGUGGAUGUAGCGUCCCUGUCGCCGUCAGCACCAUGUUGAAAGAUGGCCAGCUGUAUUUGACAGGAGCCGUCUACAGUUUGGAUGGAUCCGAUAGCCUGAAGGAGACUAUGCAGACCAGUGUUAAUUAUCCCCAGCAGAAUGAAGAUGGACCAAAUGAUGAUGUGCAGCAUGUUGGCAUCACAGCCAAGAACGUCCCUGGUCAGGCCCAGGAAGCUGCAGAGAACCUUGGUGUUGAACUAGCUAGUUUACUUCUGAGCAAGGGAGCGAAACAUAUCCUUAGUGUGGCAAGGCAGCUCAAUGAUGCCCGCUAAACCUGUGGUGUGGUCUGCACAAUUGCCACAACUCUGGCAAGUCUUGGCAGCUAUGCUGUCCUCCUCCUUUGGAGGGAUUUCUUCAAAUGCUCACACUGGUCUCAUCUGACAUGUGGGCACAAAAGCUUGAAAUACCAAGUUAACUAACUCAAAUCGUUUAUGCUGAUUCAGGUUUUUUGGCCCUCUCUGCAUUUCUCUAAAUUGCAAAGUGUGCAUUUGAUUUUUUUUGAACGAUAUUUGUAGCUAGGAAGGUUAAAAAGAAAAAAAGGGUUAAAAGCUGUAAAUGCUCCCCUGUUGCCAUUAGGAACAAGGCACUUGUUACAGAUUAUAAUCAGAGUCAACCGUGAUGGCACUCGGGUGCCGUAUUGUGUCAACAGUACUGAAGUACUUUCAGUAGUCAUUGUUUGGUCCUGCUCGCUCAUCAGUGUUGAAGACUGCUAUUAGGUUCCUACUAGCAGGUUCCUCAGCAAAGUAGCACGGGUGUCAUGUUCAUAGGUCUGGCUUAAAGCAAAAAGUUAAGUCUGCAGUGAGCGGGUGCAAAUUUGUCAGUUGGCCAGUAAUGAAUUAGGAAGCGAGUGGACAGCCAGUUGUUUCCCUUGCUCACCAGACUACAAGGCUAGUCAGAGAGCAUCAUUCGUCUACAGUAACCAGUUAAUGGGGAGCAGGAGAGGAAGCCCAUAUGAGGCUGUUGUGCCUUUCUUUGCUAGCGCCAGCCCCUUACUAUGACUGUGGGUUCUUGCACUCCCUACCAUGUAACCAUCUGCUCAGCAAGGCUCAUGGUCCAGUGCCUUGUGGAAACACUGAAGCAGCACCUUAUCGGGGUCCCGUUUUGGAAACGAAAUAUCGUUUAUUCUUUAUGCAACCACCAGUAAAUGUAACAGGCGAUAAAUACAACAUGGUAAGCAGCA